UUGGAAUUUGAAUUUACAAAACAGGUUUAAAAAAUGAAUAUCAUUUUUAUAUGGCUGCAGUGUUGGCUGGAUUCGGGGAUAUAUGCCGGACUCUCCCAGAUUUUUGAACCUAAAAUGUUCGGGUGGUACCCAAUGGAUUGGACCGCUCGCCGACAAGCAUUGACCCAUCCCUUGCAUACGCAAAGUGUUACAACACGAAAGAAAAAAAAGGUUAGACAGAAGUCCGACCCUCAUUACGGUUAUGAACCUUAUUGGGAAGGGUAUGGGAAGAAGUUGGAAGAGAAAAAAAAGGAAACGGGAGAAAAUUUUGCUUGUGGAGAAGAGUGUCACCUUAUGUUUGUUGAUCCUGUAUUUAUGUACACCAGUUGAACAAAUGAAGGCAUCAAAAGGGAGUUUCAAAGCAUGGGUUGAGAAGAAUGUCCCUAAGCUUCAACCAGACUACAACCCCAAUCAUGGCUAUGAGCCGUAUUGGCCUGGAGGUCACUGGCUUUAUUUGGACAAAGAACUUGGCCCAAAUGAGACCACAACCAAAACCCCCCUUGUUUGCGGAGAAGAAUGUAAUUAUUUAUAUACACGGGUUGGCAAGGUAUGUGCUAGAACGGUGGAUAACAAAGAGUACCAGCAAUGUGUGUCGAUAUUCGGUCUUUGUCUUGGUUGGUGGAACGAUCAAUUCUAUCGAGGAUUCUAUACCUUUGAUACCUACUGCAAUUUUUUAGAUGCACAAUGCAGGACUGAAUACAGCAAACGAUGGAUUUUAGUACAUGAAGGGGAAUGUUCUCACGACAUCGAUACCUACUUUAAGCCUCUACAUACCUCACCAGGACCGCUGUAUAGGUUGAGUUCGUAUUUUACAAAAUUAGUUAGCAACUAUCGGAGUGCUGGCUUAGAGAAUCCACUUCGACAGGGUGUAUCUUUACCCAAGCAAACGAUCUCCGGGGACGUGAAUUUACCACUUACGCUGGAUAUUGGUAUACAGCCGAAUCCUGGAAUUUUCCCAUCUAACAAUCGCGUUACUCUUAGGCCCCCCCUCCCUCAUAAGGUCAAGCAAUAUAUUCACAAUUUUGUAAAAGAUAUGUUUUUAGGUAAUAGCAGUGAAAGUAUAAAAUAAAAAUUUGUUAAUUGUG